UAUGCUUUAGUUACAUAUAUGCACAUCAUCUGACUAACAAUUCAUUAUUUGUGGUUGUACGUUGUACUACGGGAUCCGUCCCUGUAAACAAUAAUACAAGCAUACAACGCCAGUGCUCAACGAAAUAAAACAUCUCGAUACUAAUCAAUCAUCCAAUCCAAUCCAAUCCAACUCGACUAGAAUUACUCAAUGAAGGUCAAGAUAAAGCAAUGGGACGCAGUUGCAACGUGGAGAUGGGAUCUACCAGAAGAUGAUGUCUGCGGUAUUUGCCAAGUCCAUUUCGACGGGACGUGUCCUACUUGCAAAUAUCCUGGCGAUGAUUGCAGUCUUUUAUCAGGCAAGUGUGGUCACAACUUUCACAUGCAUUGCAUUAUGGAAUGGAUAAAGCAAGACUCAGCAAAGGGUCAAUGUCCUAUGUGUCGGCAGAAGUUUGAAUGGGAAACAGAAACAGGAGCAGCUCAACAACCGGUUGACGGCGAGCUAGACCUGAAUGACGCCUAAUAAUGAGAAUGAAUAUGAGAGGUCAGCCAAAAUAGAUUCUGUUCCUUAUGGCGACGCUGGAGUAUAUGGAAAGGGUUUCAUUCUUCAUAUUUUUCCGAUGGAGUUAGGAGUUUGUGAAUAGUAAGCAAUAUUGCCCAACCUUUUGACAAAAAAAACCUACCUAACUUAUA